GCUCCUUAUUAAUCUGUGUGAGUGAGUGUUAAUAAGGGAGUCAGAGAGCCACAGUGAGUGGCAGUGGUGAGUGAGUUUGCAGCUGCUGAUCAGUUCUGCCAAAGCUCAGUAGAGGCGUUCAACACAGACACAGACACACACACACACACAGACACCAGAGGGUCUCAGAGAGAAUUAUUCAUUGACUGACUGGUGGGGCAUCCAACUCAACUCCAUCCACACCACACCAUGGGUCGGGUCUCCGACUGUGCCAUCCUUUUGGGGUUUGCCAUGGUUUGUCUUCAUGGGGGAGCAGUGUCAGGUUUGCUGUCUGCAGCCACCAAUGUAACCUGGAAGUCCAUCCUCUUCCGAACCGAAUUGCGCUGGGAUCCACCUCUCGCUGAUUUCGUCUACACAGUGCGAGUGAAAGGCAAAAGGACGGACUGGAAAAAGAAGCCUGAAUGCACGCGGGCGAAAAUCACACGUUGUGACAUAACAAGCCUGCUGGAGAAUGUGACCGACACGUACAACAUUGAAAUCAUGACCUACAGUCAGGAAAGCACAGAUGAACCAGAAGAGGCUCCUCAUGCUGAGGCAUUGCCAAUCACUCCUUACAAAGACACUGAAUUCGGACAAGCAGACUUUGAAAUUAUCUUGAUCAAUAAGACUAAAGUUCAGGUGUCUAUAAAAGAUCAAUUGACAUUCAUCAGAUUUCCGGACGGCACAUUAAAAACAUUACGUGACAUCUAUGGAGCUACACUGCUACACGACUUAAUCUAUUUCAAAGAUGGCACCAGUGGCAAGAAAACUAUCACUACUAAUAGUCAAAAGAUACUAAUUGAUGUCGAAGAAGAUUUCAAAUACUGCUUCAACAUCCUUCCCCGUGUUAUAUCACCAUAUAUCAAAGGCCCAAGCAGUGCAAACAAGUGCACAACGAAUCAAAUAAGUAUAUUGGGAGAAUACAACGUGGGUGUGUUUGCAGCGGUGAUAAUAGGGAUACUAGUGCUUGUCAUUAUCGUGGUGGUGAUAGCUGUGGUUUUGAACAAGAAGAAACAGGUCAAGGAAGAAUCAGAAAUGUACCAUUUGAAGCCGGUCUGAAGAUGGUUUUAGAGGAUUUUCUUCUUUCGAUACUGACUUGCUCCCAAAGUGCUGGGCGAGGAUUCUGAAAAAUGUGCUUGCUGUAAAAUACAAGGUGACCAACGACUCUAUACGGGCACUUCACAGCCAGAGCUUAUACGGUCCAUUAUAAGAUAGUGGAAAGAAAGAGAUAUUUCUAUGAAACACUGAGAUUGCCCAGAGACAAAACAAAUGAGCAACAUUCUCCAUGGAAUGGGGCACUAAUUAGAAAAGCUUUUAUUAAUUGCUGAUGCGCUUUUAAUUUUUUCUACUAUUGGUGUUGGGGUUUUCUGAUCGGUUGUACUGUUUAACACUAAAAUGCAGAAAGACAAAAGUAAUCUAUUUAUUUAAUAACUAAGCCUUCAAUAUUUAUCCUACCUAUCAUGCUGCACCUUAAAGAACCUUUUGUAUAUUGGUGUUUACGUCUAGGUGUCCUCUGAAAGGGGAAAAUGUAUUUUUUUAAUGAGAAUUUUUAAUGAUUUUUUUUAAUUAAAAAUAAAGAUGGCAUUUACUAAAUAAAGGUAAAUGGGAACAUGAAAAAAAA